AUGACUACUCGUUACGCAUCCGCCCAUCAAUCGCCCAACGGCCCCGGUGACCAACGCCCUACGGCCUCUCAGAUCAUCGCAGAUGAGAACCUCCAAGGGAAAUGGUCGGACAAGACAGUCCUCAUCACCGGCUGCUCUUCUGGUCUUGGUAUUGAGACUGCAAAAUCGUUGUUCGAAACCGGUGCGACGCUCUUCCUUACGGCUCGAGAUCUCAACAAAGCCAAGUCCGCACUCGGAAGCCUGGUAGAGAGCGACCGUGUUCACCUCUUGGAGCUCGACCUCAACUCUUUAGCCAGCGUGCGCAAAUGCGCCGACUCGUUCUUGGCCCAGCACGAUCGUCUCAAUGUCUUCAUUGGAAAUGCAGGCAUCAUGGCGUGCCCAGAAGGACGCACCGCAGAUGGCUUUGAAACCCAGUUCGGUACCAAUCACCUGGCUCAUUUCCUGUUGGUCCAACUUCUUCUUCCUACGUUGGUCAAAUCGAGCACCCCGGAGUUCAAAUCACGCGUUGUCAUGCUUGCGUCGACCGGUCAUCGCAUGGGUGGCAUCCAUCUCGACAAUCUCAACCUCGAGGGCGAAUACCACCCCUGGACAGCCUACGGCCAGAGCAAGACAGCCAACAUCUACACCGCUACCGAACUCAACCGCCGAUACGGAAGCGAAGGUGUACUAGCGUUCUCUGUCCAUCCCGGGUUGAUCUUCACUGGCCUCAUGACGCAUAUCGACAAGGAGACGAUGGAGUCGUGGGAUAAGAACCCCAACAUCGGCAAGGCGCUCAAGAGCCCACAGCAAGGUGCUGCGACUACGGUCUGGGCGGCUACCGCGAAGGCUUUGGAAGACCAGGGUGGCAAAUACCUUGAAGAGUGCCAGAUAUCCAGCGUACUCAAUCCAGACCCUGCAUCCGACGAGCCCGGUUAUGCGCCUCAUGCGUACGAUGAGGAGAAGGAGAGGUUGUUGUGGGAGAAGUCUUUGAAGUUGGUCAAGCCUUUCAUGGAGUAG